UUUACAAACGGGCUUUUGUAGGACUUCGCGACUGAGAAAUUAAUUUAUGGGGGCGAAUGAUACGGCAAAUCUGGUGCUUUGCGUGCGGUAACUCCGAAAAAGUGGUCCACGUAUCGUGCCGUUUUCGUUCAGUUAGAUCCGUUUUCGUGAAAGAUGUGUUCCUAGUGAAAUGAGACCGCACUGGAUGGUCAAGCGAACUUUAUCACUGCCGUCGUCGUCAUCGCUGAACAAUCAUCCGAAUUGGUGCUGAUUGCCCGGGAGAACAGUGUGGGGAGGAAUUGGUACAUUUUGAUAAGAAGAAUUAAGGGUCCAUUCUCAACAUUUGUUGUGCAUUGCACCGGAAAUAACGAUCGAUUUUAGGUGUUUCCCGGACCACUAUGGAUGACAUCGACAAUAUUAUUCUGCACUCAUUGCGUCAGAUCGAUUGUGAUCUGGACGAAGAUAUACAGGGAUUGGAACAGUUUACGCCUUCUAUAUUAGUUCGAACCGUUUCCAAAUGUUUGCUGCUAAUCGAUCCUUCCCUGGAUCUGCCGCAUACACUUCCGCCCGGAAUGGCACAAAGGUUCACCGUUACUGCACGGCUAGCGGAAGCUUGCUCGACCGUGGGAUAUCGGCGAGAUAUUGGCUACCAAACGUUCCUGUACCCGAAUGUGGCCGAAGUGCGACGUGUGUUCAUGUUUCUUAUCGAACAACUGCCCAAAGACACAACCGAUGCGUCGGAUCCGGAGGCACCAUUCGAUCGGGUGACGGAUUUGGAAAAUCGUAUCUUGGAAAGCAUGCGCCAGCAGUUGCGGGGUUCUUGGCGUACCGAUCCGUCCCCGUUAGAUCUCCGAAAUUCGUCCCUGGGUUGGCCAAACCGUAGCCGUACUAACAUUCCCUUCGUAACGCAAAGCGACGUUACGGCCGAAAUUAAGGAAUACUGGUUACGUCGUAGUGGAUUUUGGGAGGAGGACAAAGAUGAAGUAGAUCGACAGCUGCCGGAAGCUGCUAUAAGUGCUGAGGAGUCUAUUUUAAAGCUACAAGCCUACUACGCGGAACAUAAAUCGAAAUCUCCACUGACGGAAGAGUUGGAACAACAAGAAUUGCCCAGCAGUUUCGAUCAGCUUGAUACACUCCAGCAAGAAAUUGCUAAAAUUAAUACGGCCAUUGAAGAGACUAAGCGCGAACAGCGAGAUCUCCAGUCGAAACGCGAGGUUGCCGGUCAGAGCGGGAAAGCCUUGGAAACGGUAACAGAAAAAUUGAAGGAGGAAAAAAAGAUCAAAGAACGAACGCACAUUCUGUUGGAGAAUCCGGAGGUAAAUGUGGCCAAAUUGGAGUCAAUUAUUGCCGCCGCCGGUGAGAAGAUGAAAAAGUUGCAAAGCCAAUGGGAAUCACAUCGUGCACCGUUGAUGGCCACGCUGCAGGAACAUCAAGCCAAAAAUUCGGACCAUGUCAGUAAAUCUCAAAAAGUGGUCGAUCAGAUUGAAUCCGCUCGGCACAAAUCGGAGGAAGUCAUCGUGGAUCUGCAAACGAAGAGCGCUCUUCAUGCGCGAUUAGUGCAGGAGUAUGAGAGGAUGGGUAAAACCGUCAGUCGCACGGCAUACACGAGCCGUAUUCUGGAGAUUGUCGGUAAUAUUCGCAAGCAGAAGACGGACAUUGACAAAAUUCUACACGAUACGCGCAGUCUGCAGAAGGAAAUCAAUUCGAUCACUGGACAACUCGAUCGUCAGUUUACCGUAACGGAUGAUCUGAUCUUUCGGAAUGCAAAGCGGGAUGAGUACUGCAAGCGUGCCUACAUUUUGCUCGUUGCUCUGCAUAACGAGUGUAGCGAACUGAUCGCACUGGUACAAGACACCGGCACCGUCAAGCGGGAAGUACGUGAGCUGGAAGAUCAAAUCGAGCACGAAAAGGAUCGAAACGUUGCAACGAAUUUGUCUCAGAUCGAGCAAGAUUUGGAGGAAAUGCAACAGGAAAGUCGACGGCUGGAGGAAGCCAUAUGCCAGAUGGAAAUGUCCACGGCAUCGAACGGGAUGAAGUAAGGUUCUAAUGCACCGUGCGUCGUUUCGACUAAAGACGGUUGUACGAAGCUAGGGAAAAUAAAAUGUGAUA